UCAAACAAAAACAUCAAAAUUAUUGCAAAUUUCAAUCCAAAGAAAUACAAGUACAGGACUAUGAAUCUCAAGUUAUUAGAAAUUGCAGACUAUUUGGACGAAAAAAUAGACGAUGUUUCCCAAAUUGUAGCAGACAGAUAUAACUUGGAGGACACACAAUUUGCAGAUCCAACUCGUCAGUCCCAAUCUGAAAUUUACACUGUUGGUAGAAUAGUGCCAGACUCUCCAUUGGCGUCAACUUCCGAGCUAAACUUGGAAUCUUUGUUUUUGGAAACUUCAAGAUCAAACGGAUUUGGUUGUCGGGUUCAUCUAGAUUUGUCCAACGUCUCAAAAGCAUCGUUUUUUUCAGGUCAAAUAGUUGCUUUCCGAGGGAUAAACGCAACAGGUGAUACUUUCAAAGUAAUUGAGAAUUUGAAAAUCCCAUACUUAGGAUCAAUAUCGUACACUUCGGAAGAAAUUCAAAAUUUCGCAGAUAUAAUAGGGGAUGAUAACUUGAAGGUCGUUGUAGCAUCAGGUCCAUACCACUCCAAAAAAUCUCUUGACUUUACCCACUUGGAAAAUUUUGUGAACCACAUUAAUACCGUUAUCAAACCAGACGUUGUUAUCAUGCUAGGACCGUUCAUUGAUAUACAGGCUGUGCCAAAUAUACUAUCCAAUUCAUUCUUCAACACAGGUGAAGAUAUCGACGACCUAAAGAGUCUAGAUGACUUAUUUGUGUCAUUUGUUUCACCUAUACUUAGCGAUAUUAAAUGUCAGCGUGUCAUUCUGUUGCCUCAUGGCUCAGAUGUAACGAACCCUCAUACUCCAUAUCCACAAGCUCCUUUCAACAGAAAAUCUCUUUCAUUACCCAAAACAUUCAAAUGCUUUCCAAACCCUUCCCUUUUCAACAUAAACGAGCUAUCAUUUGGCGUCUCAACAGCAGAUAUCUUGAGAGACUUGAAAGACGUCACGACAAAAGAUGCAAAUUCCAACAGAAUUGAGAGAAUUGUGGAACAUGUCAUUCAGCAAAGACAAUUUUACCCUGUUAACCCCCCACCAGAUGCACCAGACGACAGAUCUUUUCAGCUUGAUACAUCCUACCUUGGCCUUUCCGAGUUCAAUGACGAGAUGCCAGAUAUUCUGAUACUCCCUUCAGUGGUGAAGUCUUUUAUCAAAGUUGUUAAAAACGUCAUGGUUAUCAAUCCUGGCUCGGUGGUGCGGCCGGAUGGUAGUAGAGGAUCUUAUGCUUUGAUGCAGGUCAAAUGCCCUGAUAUAAGUGAUAUGAAUAAAAUAGCAGGUAACACAAAAGAUGAGGAAGAAGUAACGGAAGUCUAUUUGGCAACAGCUUGGAAGCGUGCAAGAGUUGACAUUUUUAGUACG